AUUGGAUAAGCAGCUUUUUUCAGCGAGCUCCUCUUUUUCUUCGCAGUAGCAGCAGGCUAACAGAGUGUGAAAGGACCCCCCAGGUCUAGUCUGGCAGGACGGACGGUGAACGGUGUGUGCCGGAUAUAGAUAUCUGAAUUAUAACGGAAAAUGUGAUUUUGUAGGUUAUUUUCGAAUGAAUCCUGGAACAUCGACAGACAGCAUGUAAAUCAAACGAAGUGUUCCCCGUUCAGUAGUGCUGUGUUGAUCCGAGGUUCCCCGUUUUGGAUUUAAGUGAUCCCUUGGUUUGUUCAAAGUGUGCCCCGCAGGCACCAAGCACCAACCCCGUGCUUAGGAAUAACAGUGUGAAGGGUAGUGAAAUUGUGCUACCUGGUUGAUUGUAGGAAAGUGAAUGUAGUUACGACAUCCAGUGACGACGACCUUUUCUCUUCCGCCAAUAUAUGGGCCUAUCCCAGUGUGGGCCAACGUUUCGUAAUACCGUGGGAGCGGAACAGUGACAGUGAUUACGAAAGUUUGCGAGGAGUAUCGAUAUCAGGAAUAUAAGGUGCCAAAUAGUGCGAUCCCGUGACCAGAACUGAAAGCUGGCAAAACCCAAUUAAAUGAAACAUCAAGAAUCGUUGGCCACCGGACACUGAACCUCCCAUUCAAACGUACAACUGAACCGACCGGGAAGCCUGAUUAGAAUUCAGCUCAAGUACGGAGAAGAACGCGUCGGCGGUGCAUCCAACCGAUAUUCCGGGAAAGCGCGCGCGUGUGUGUGUGGUGCAUCCGUUCGUGACCAAAAGUGACCAAUGAAAUCGUUUGAAGUCGGCUAAUACACUGAACGAAACGAAUUACUAAAGGGCUAACGCACUGUUAUUUGAACUCGCUCACUUCGAUCGGACGUUGGUGUUCUCGGAACAGUCACACAAAGUAAGCUGGGCGUGUGGUUCGAACUACACUACAAACAGAAAAGUGUUUAUCCAAUAAACCGAAGAAGAGGAGAAGAAGGUAGAAGAAGAAGCAGCAGAGACGGCCGUAAGUGGACUCAAAACAGAAGAAGACAACAGACGCAGCGAUAAUUGGAAAGACGCAACAAUGUUUCCGCUUCAACGAGGAGCGGCAACAUGGCUACUUCCACUGCUAACCACCCUGGCCCUGUGCGCUACCGGAAAUAAUGGCGGCGCGUCGGCAGCAGAGAACAACCAGCGGGUGGUGUGCUACUACACCAACUGGUCCGUGUAUCGACCGGGAACGGCCAAGUUUAACCCGCAGAACAUCAAUCCGUACCUGUGUACCCAUUUGAUCUACUCGUUCGGGGGUUUCACCAAGGACAACACACUGAAACCGUACGACAAGUAUCAGGAUAUUGAGCAGGGUGGCUUCGCUAAGUUUACCGGCUUGAAGACCUACAACAAAAACCUGAAAACCAUGCUGGCCAUUGGCGGUUGGAACGAAGGAUCUGCACGGUUUUCGCCCUUGGUGGCCGAUUCGGAGCGACGAUCGCAGUUUGUCAAGAAUACGAUCAAGUUCCUGCGACAGAAUCACUUUGACGGGUUGGAUUUGGACUGGGAGUAUCCGGCGUUCCGGGAUGGUUCUAAACCUAAGGAUCGCGAGAACUAUGCCCAGCUUGUACAGGAACUGCGGGAAGAGUUUGAACGGGAAUCGUCCAAAACCGGACGGCCAAGACUGCUUCUCACUAUGGCAGUUCCAGCCGGUAUAGAGUACAUAGAGAAGGGCUACGACAUACCCAAACUGAACAAGUAUCUGGAUUGGUUCAAUCUACUGACGUACGAUUAUCACAGUGCUUACGAACCGGCGGUUAAUCACCAUUCGCCACUGUACUCGCUUGAGGAACCCUCCGAGUAUAAUUUCGACACGGAACUCAAUAUCGACUACAGUAUCAAGUUCUACCUGAACGCCGGUGCGGAUCGCGACAAGCUAGUGCUGGGUAUUCCGACCUACGGUCGAUCCUACACUCUGUACAAUCCGGAUGCGACCGAUAUCGGAUCGCCGGCGGACGGUCCGGGUGAACAGGGAGAUGCAACCCGUGAGAAGGGCUACCUAGCGUACUACGAAAUCUGCACCGCCGUCAAGGAUGAUCCCGAGUGGACCGUUGUGCAGCCAAAUGAUAAUGCUAUGGGUCCGUACGCUUUUAAGGGUAACCAGUGGGUCGGGUAUGAUGAUGAAGCGAUCGCCCGGAAGAAGGCUAAGUACGUGGCUGAGAAUGGUUUGGGCGGGAUCAUGUUCUGGUCGAUCGAUAAUGACGAUUUCCGGGGCAUUUGCCAUGGACGACCGUAUCCGAUCAUCGAGGCUGCCAAGGAGACGUUGCUUGCUAGCACGGAUAUUGGCGCCAACGAUAUUGCUGCACCGAGUCGUCCGAGGAAACCGUCGCGAUCGCGUAGCCGACCGGGAACUAGCAACCGAAACCGCGUUGUUGCCGAGAAUAGCAAUGAGAUCAAGCCCGCUUUGAAGGGUUCUCAGAGCCGAAAAAACAGCAGGACGCAAAGCACGACCACGACCAGCACCAGUACAACAACGUACAGUUCGUUGUAUAUCGGAGGACGCACCACGACACCACAGCCUCCGACAACCCCGGAUCCAGGAGCAGACUUCAAAUGCACGGACGAAGGAUUCUUCCAGCAUCCGCGUGACUGCAAGAAAUACUUCUGGUGUUUGGAUGCCCCCGCUCUCGGUCUGGUAGCGCAUCAGUUCACCUGUCCCUCGGGGCUCGUGUUCAACAAGCUGGCCGACUCCUGCGACUAUGCCCGAAAUGUGGUCUGUUCUAAAAAAGCCGACCCCACAACCACUACCACGACGACGACUACGACGAGCACUACUACGGCAUCGCCUCGAUCUCGCGUCACGGCAUCCACGAGCCGGAACAGUUUCCUGAAUCGAGCUUACACUACUACAACAACCACGGAACCACCGAUCGAGAUCGAUUAUUCUGAUGAGGUGGAAGAUGAGGUUGAACCGGAAGAGGACCCGAAGGUCAUCAAGGAGCUGAUUGCUCUAAUCAAGAAGGUCGGAGGUAUUGAAGAGCUCGAACGUCAGCUGCAAGCUCAAGAGGAUGGAUCGGUUGUAUUGAAGGAUACCCAGACGGAUCAGAUAUCGACGACUCCGUCGACGAUUAGUAAGAGUUUGUACGAGAGGGUGUUGAGUCGGGCUGGAAAUGGACUCCAGAAGUUCCGUCCUGCUUUGACGUUCACUCAGACCGAUCGAACCGGUUCGACGGAGAACAAAUACUCGUCGGUGGUACGGAAUAGUAAUACUAACAGUCGCGUUGGGCCACAGAACGAAGGAAUCGAACAGCUGCCAGAGUUUGAGGGUGUUUUCAAGGAACGGCCGAAGUAUGUAACGUUGAAUCGAGCAAAGCCUACAAAGUCUAGUGUAGAGGAAGAUGUGGAUGAUCGUGACGAAGACGAAGACAUUGUGGAGGAAGAGAAUCAACCGUCGACGUUCGCUACCAAGCGGCCGACGUCAAGUCCAAAGUAUGUCAGUAUUCGGAGACAACGACCGACAACGGCAGCAGAAAGUGCCGAAGACGAGGAGGACGAGAAUGUGGCAUCGCCAGUACAGUACAGCAGUCCUAAUCGGAACAGAUACCGACAAACCACAACCGAACCACCCGUAGAGGAGAUUGAGCGAGUACCGAGCCGGUACAAUUCCAUCGAACGUCGCCGAGCUACUUUGCAGUUCAAUCGUUUGCAGGAGAGCGACAAAGAUGAUGUAGGCACAGAUUCGUCUCUAUUGGUACCUUCUACCGAUUUUCAAACCUUUUACACUACAUCGUCCACUACCGAUGCACCAGAACAGUUCAUCACGUACAGUACACGACACUACGCCAGCGUAGAACGUAGCAGUACCACUGAGGCAGCUCCUCAGGGGGGCGCUAGUGCUACGGAUCUGCCACAGACAGUUACUACUCCAACCACCAUCACCCCCACUGGCAACAGUGUACUAUACCUCAAUACAGACAUCCAGACGGUACUUCCCGAGCGGAGCGCUCCGAUAGACACUGUUUCAGAACUAGAUUUAAGUAAGACUGCAACGGUGGACUCCGACGGUCUGACGACGGAUGACACGGUGACCGUAGAUUUUAGCAAGAACGAACAGACGAACGAGGUAACCACCAUACUAAACCUAGGUGAAAGUGUUACUGGUAGUAGUGUUAGCGAGUUGGAAGCGAGUGUUCGUAGUAGUAGUGUUGGUUCUAGUGGUGAUAGCGUUAAUACUAGGGUUCAGGAGGCUGAAGAUCAGCUCCUACAGACGACUUCGCCGAUCCCGGCGACAAUCGGUGGUAGUGAUGCUUCGAUCACUACCAUCGCUAGCCCUUCAACCACCAGCGAAAGGCAGUCCAGUACUAACGAAGACCAGUUUAACUCGAUUUUCAAAUUUUCACCAAGAACUAGGAAAACUACCACUACCGCUAGUCCCCUAGAAGUUGUCACUAAUAAGCAGGAAUCCGAUAGUCAAUUAACCCCUACGCCAGCUGCCCCCCGUCCGUUUGGAGGGGCAGUUCGGCGUACACGUCCAACCCGUCGUCCUGUGAGCAGCGCAACGACGGCUACUUUGGCACCCGAAGAAUCCAGUACUCUUCGUUCGGUAAAGGUGAGUUUUGCCAAUGAUCAAAGAUAUGAUCUUUCAGCUAGACGUAGGAUCGGUGUAGCCGGAUCGUCUGCCGCGGCGAAUCCUAGCAACAAUGAGGUAGGUACUGCUAGUGAUUCCGCCGGCAGUGAACCGAGUCCACGGCCGACACGUCCACGGGGUUUCCGUGGCCGAGUACGGUUCGGAGCAUCCAACGAAUCAAGUUCUUCUUCAGCUGUUCCGACCCAGCAGAAAGGUCCGAUUAUUUCGACCGAGGCGACUGCUAUUGGUGGGGUCCCAGUGCAAUCCCACCGUCAGCCUUCGGAAUCUUUUGCACGAAAUCGUUUCUCUUUAAACCGUGCUUCCAGCCGUGCGCCGGAAGCAACGUCGAGUACAACCGAGCAACAAGUCACCACCACCACCUCGGAGCAGCCAGUUGAGCAAUCAACUGCCAGGGCUUCACUAAGGCGGGUGAACUUCAAUCUAUACAGUGGUAGAUCGAGCGUGGUACCUAGUACUACUACCACUGAAGAACCGGAAAUCGAGACAGACUCACCGGUUAUCAAUCUACAGCUGAAAUCCCAUGCCGGGAUCAACGAAGAUCUUUUCAAAACUCAGGAACGCAUUCUACUUACGCUAGGAACAGCUUUACAGUAUGGUUUCAGCAAUCGCAAUGAGCUUAACGCUCGACGGAUUCAGGAUAAUAAACCGCAGAUCGUUAAGGGAACUGUAGUGGAUUCUCCCAUAACGAACAUAAUCCGUGAAACGCCUGUUGUUCGAAAUCGAACUGAAGACACGAUCGACAAAAAGUUGGCAGAAGACGUUAACGAAAUGGCAACGGAGAGUGAAGUCGGAUCAACUUCGGAACGAAGUUACGCUGUUUUCGAAAGCACCGUUGGUGAGCUAGAACGAUCCAAUGACUACACUACGGUGUACAAUGUAAACACCGCUGAAGUCGAAACGACAACACCAGGACAGCGUCGGUUCUUCACAACACUCCGCAGUCGAAGCUCAUCGUCGCAGGCAACAACGGAAUCCAGCGAUACAACGCUGAAAGUGGUACUUUCCGAAGUCAACACCAACAAAACUUUCAUUCCAGGACGAUCCCGACCAACUAGACCGGGUCGUUUCCGAACCUCAUCUACCACUGGCUCAUCGGAAAGUGAUGUGAAUGAAGCGUCUACGUUGAGAUCCAAGUUCCAACCACGAAAGACCAUCGCUACUCAGCGAACAAACGCCAUCACAAACGAAGAAGCGGAUAAGCCUUCCCGAAGGCCUUCACCUUUCGCACGACGACAGAGACCUACACCGUCUACCAGUUCGGCUGCGCCAGUUGCGGAAACUGAUAGCGAUGACAUUACCGAAAAGACUCCAGGUAUCUCAACAACUGUAGCCAGACGGCGUUUGAAUCGACGACGACCCACGGCUUCGUCUACGACUGAGCAAACCGCAGAGGAAGCACCUCGUAUACGACCAUCUGUUCUUACUAGACGGCAACGGCUACAGCUGGUUCGUUCCACGACGACCAGCACCACCACGGAACUACCAACAACGGCACCUCGUUCAGCGACCACCAGUAUCUCGGAAUCCUUUACCGCGGAACCCACGUACGCCGAUAGUGCCGUAGGCAAUUCGGACUUCACGACCGUUAUUUCCGAUGUAUCAAAUGAACUAGAGUCAACUUUUCUAACUAACGAUGUCCUGAGCAGUGAUAACCUUUUGCGGCAGCAACUUCCAGAAUCUCGCGAAGUUAACGACUCGCAAGAAACAACCGAACUCCUGUCAACCAUCGUUACCGGUGAACCAUCGACGGAAGGUCCCAGCAAAUCAACACCCACGCGUAGAUUCUCGGCAAACACGAGACGCCCGUCGGGUCUACAACGUUUCAAUGACAAUCAACAAAUCGAAUCCGAGGUCGUUCCAAGUCGUAGCCCGGCUCGUAGCUUUGCAGCCGCAAGGAAAAAGUUUGGAGUCUCCACCACCAGCACUACUACGGAGUCCCCUGAAGUGUCCACGGUGAAGAAGUUUAUUCCAUCACGAAAAAGUCGUCCGUCGUUUUCUGUCGCCCGAGCUAGAGCUUCUAGUACCACUGAAGAGCCUGUGAGUGAGGGUCAGGAUCAACCAACUAGCUCAACCGCUCGCUCAUUUCUGGCUUCCCGGAGACGACCAGCGUUAGGCGCGUCCCGUUCGACGACGGCUGCUAGUACGAGUGCUGAUGAAGUGGUUGAUAGCUCACCUAGCCGUCCCCCAAGCGCUACUCCAACCCGUAGAAGAUCAGCUUUCGCAGCUAGCAGAACUCCACGUCCACAGUCGUUCGAAGACUCGUUCGACAAAGGAUCGAAUAAUGUCGUUAAGCCGAGCACGGAUCGUAAGGUCAACCGAACCUCGGUACUCUUACCGAGAAGACCUAAUUUGUUUGCCCGGACGACGACAACUACGACCGAAGCAUACACGGAAUUUGAAGUGGAUAGUAAAACUACUCUGGAGGAGGAAACUAGCGGUGAACGGUAUGGACCGAGUACCCGCGGUUAUACCGAGAUUCGACGGCCAUCAUCCUCGGAGGAAAGAGAUGGAGUAACAGGGAGGUACAGCGCGGAAGUAGAGGACGACGAGAAUGAGAUUCAGCGACAAGGUAAACGAUUGUUUGGACCUGUGGGAUCUGGGAAUAACAAUGUGGAUGAUGAGGAUCACGGCGGACGUGUAUCGGCUGAGGUGACCACUGGGCUUAGGAGGCCAGGACCUAGGAUCAUCGGAUCGGGGGGAUCCCGAGUAGGACCGGGAAGUAACACGCGGUUCAUUUUCAAGAACAACCAACCUCCGGAGGGAUCAUCGACUACCGCUAAACCGAUCACUACCAGAGCGAGAAGACCGUUUGGAAACGUCGGUGGAUACAAGCCGGCGAAUGGAACGGCAACAAGUGCUCCCAGUGCAGGAAGCGCAACGACGCCAAAACCGAGAUUUACGCUGACUACCAGAGGACGGCCGGUAUUUGGAGGUAGACAGAGGUCUACCACCGCCGCGGCAGGAGUCACCAGCGAUGCUGAAGAGAAGGUAUCAUCGCAAAAGGUCAGUGAAUCGCAGCAGGGAGCAACACCAACUCGACGAUACCAGCCGAGGAAACCUACGAGAAAGUCGAAUCUUACGACCGUUACACUUCCAACUAGCGGCAGUCGGACGCGCACAAAUUUGUCGUCACUGUUUAAUCGUAAUCCGGCGGUGGCGGUACUAACAACAACCGAGCUAACGCAACCUGAUACGACGCAAGCCAGCGUAGAUUCACAGACUCCGGCAAUACUCUCGGUGCUGCCAAUCGAGCAGAGAUCACGGUCACAACCAACAACAACAACAACACCCACCACACUCAUUACCGAGAACGAGGUCGAGAACACCACGUCAUACGAAGAUACAAUCAACACAGUCAGAACAACCACCGAAUACUACACAGCAUCGGACGAAACUCUGUACACCACACUCAAUACGGCCGACACAAUUUACACCAUUAAUGAUAAUAUCGAUAUUGAUGAUGUCAAUAUAUUGCAGGAACGUAGUAGAACAUCCACCACCACGGUCCGACCAACGACGCUCUACCAUGUGUUCUCGAUUGACAAAGAGAACGAAUCGAUGCCGUCGUCGACGGAGAUCUACCGCACGGAAGAGCAGGAGAUCGAACUUCCGGCUACGAACAAGACGGACAAACUGGUCGAGAUCCAUCGUGUGGUGGAGAUCUACACGAAGAACACCAGCAACCCGGACGAGAUUCCGGUAAUGCAGAAGCUGGGUGAAAUCAAUCGGAAGAUCAUCAUUCGUCUCGUUGAACCGAGGAACAAGACUGAGGUCGAAGAAAAGAAAAGCCGAACGCUGGUAUUCGCUGAUAAUAUUUUCAAUGUGGAAACUUCAACUAUUCCGUUGGAAGGAUUGUUUGACCCCGAUAAGGACGAAAAGACUGGACGGACGGAAAUCAACACGACGGAGCUGAACUUGGAGGAAGACGUGUCCACGGUUGCACCACGAGUCGAAAUCGAGCGUAUCUCCAGCGCGGAAUUCGGAGCAACGGACCGAGAACGGCGCACGGAAUUUGUGACUAUUACACCGUUGGUAGCGGAGACGGCACGCUACACUCAGGUAACUAGCUCUUCUGUUAAACCGGAUACGGAACGAACGGUAGAUUUUGAAGACAGCACUGUAAACGAAGAGGAACCGACCACGGAUUACUACACGGAAGAGUUGCCGACGACAGCGCCGGUUCAACCUUCGCCAACGACUUCAACCUCGACGACUACGACGACAACGACUACAACAUCCACUACAACGGAAGCGCCAAUGACUGUGCCAGCCACAGAACCUCCGGCUUCUUCCACCACUCAGAUCGUUCACAAGUACACGCUUCCAGCGGAGUUCUUCUUCCAGGAACCUUCGGAAGAACCGACCACAACUUCAACCACAGUAGCCCCAACAACAACAACAACAACAUCGACAACGACUACACCUUCAACCACUACGACAACCACGACUCCGGAUCCGAUAUCCGCUCAACCGCUGGUAAUUCCAAGCGUUGAAACCAAGAAGAAGUACACUAAACGACCCAAAACCACUAUCUAUCGCCCUCAGUUGGAUUUCAUCUACACGAACGAAAACUCGAGCGAGGAUGAACCGGCCGUUGUCACCGAACAGGUAACUGAACCGCUUCCCAGCACCCCCACCCCGAAAGUACAAAGCACUGGUAGAAAGUACGUUCCCUCGGUAGCAUUGCGCUCUAACUUUGGUGAAGGGGCAUCCCACAGGAAGUCCAAAGACAUUCAGGUAGUACCGCUGCCAAAGGCAGCCGCCAAAAAGGCACCGAAGCCAACAACUACUACGACGACGACAACUACCACAACGACCACUACCGAAGCUCCCAUAACGAAGGUGGACUUCAACAUCAAAUACGUACUGCCGGUCAUCACGCCGGAUUUCAACGCACACGAGCUCAAAAUCGAAAGCAAAAACGACAAGUACAGUAUUCCGCUGACGUCACUGUACCAGCCGGACUUUAUAACCCGGGAAAUAUCCGGCGAACAGCGACAGGAACGGCAGUACUCUCCCGUCUACCGACCGGAGUUGGAUAAUGACGAGUUAACCCGGGCACUGACCAGUGAUCCGGAUCCGGUUGCCCUGGAGGCAGCUAGCUUGGAUCGUGAAAUUCUUGGUGAUCGCAGCAGCAACGACAACGAAAGCGAGGAACGAGUCAACGAACCCCGUAGCAUACCGGCGUACUACUUCCGGCGGGCUGGGGAGGUCAGUUAA